UGAAAAUUGACCCCGCUUCCUCCCCCCUUCUUCUUUAAUUAAAGCCCACCAAUAUGCCUCCUUCCCCCUUCAAAAACUACUUUCCCAUUUCGUCUCUGCCUGUCUGAUAUUUUUGGCCCGCCGGAGUGAAGCUCUAAUUCCGAUCGUAUCUAUCACCGGAAGCUGUCUCAGUCUGUUCAUUGCAAGUAUCUGAUAGCUCUUGAGCCUGUAUAGCGAACGACAGAGUUUGUGCUUCAUUGAUUCAAGGAAGCUUCACUGUGUCCUUGUCAUUGUCUUCAAGGUCAGGCAGCAUCGCUAUCCAGACCUGGCGUGGAUUCAAAUCAUUCAAUAUUCUUACGUUUUCUGAUACUUUCAAUUCCUGCACUUUUGGGUGAUGAUUUAGGCUUGUUUUAGUUUUUCCGAUUACGUUUAUUGAUUAUUGAAUGGCUUCCGUUUUCUAUGUCCGUUUUUACAGGGAGGAACUUGUGACUUGUGAGUGAAUGGUUAGGUUGUUUACUCUCCGGUUUUCUUCCGACUGAAGAGGAGCUUAGAAAUCCGAAUCUGCAUUUCAUCGGGAGCUUUUAAGGCUGGAGAAAUGCAAAAGAUGGACUCUCACCCUGCUGACCAGCGCAUUGUUACUGCAAGCAAGAAUAGAUUGGGACGCACUUUAGCUAAUGUUAUGAGGAUUCGAGCUAUGCCUGGUGAUUCCAAUGGAAAUCAACGGUCCAAGAAGCCCCACCAUGAAAAAGUAAAGAGCGAUAUGGCGAUAAAGAAAGACUUUCUGAAGAAGCUGCAGUUUAACACCUUUGACGAAGAAGGGGAUGGAAAUUUGAGGGAAAAAAUAUCAAUAGAAGCUUUUGUUGCCAAACUAUUCGCGAGUAUAUCGGCUAUAAAAGCAGCAUACGCACAGUUGCAAUAUGCUCAGUCUCCUUAUAACCCAGAUGGUAUUCAAGCAGCAGAUCAAAUGGUGGUCUCUGAGUUGAAAACUUUGUCCGAACUGAAACAAUGCUACUUGAAGAAGCAGAUUGAGGAUCCAUCACCUGAGAGUUGUUUGGCUUUGGCUGAAAUCAAGGAGCAGAAUUGCACCCUCAGAAUCUAUGAGAUUAAUGGGAAAAAGCUCGAUUCUCAGGUAAGGCUCAAGGAUUCCGAAAUCACAUUCUUGCGGGAAAAAUUGGAUGAAGCCAAACAAGAGAAUAAAUUGAUGGAGAAGAAAUUGAAUUCGAGUGGGCAGUUAUCCUUUCCCUCCGAAAAUCUCCACUUCUCACAAUUGAAUCUCAGCCAUUUCAUCAGUGUUCUGAGGCAGACAACAAAAUCAAUUCGGAGCUUUGUCAGGCUGCUUGUUGGGGAGAUGGAAUUGGCAGGGUGGGAUUUAGAUGUUGCAGCCAGUGCAAUUGUGCCUGGUCUAACUUUCUGGCAAGCAAAUCACAAAUGUUAUGCAUUCGAGUCCUUUGUAUGCAGAGAGAUUUUUGAUGGUUUCAAUUAUCCCAACUUCUCCAUUAAGCCCGAGGGGGAAAAAGGACCGAAACACUUCUUCGAUAAAUUUGAGGAGUUAAGACCGGUAAAGGCAGCCGAUUACCUGAGGUGGAAGCCAGACUCUGCAUUCGCAAGAUUUUGCUGUAAGAAGUACUUGCGGCUUAUAAAUAAGAGAAUGGAACAGUCUCUGUUUGGCAAUUCAGAUCAGAGGAAAAUGGUGAAAAAUGGCGAGUUCCCGGAGACUUCAUUCUUUUCGACUUUUAUCGAAAUGGCGAAGCGCGUCUGGCUUUUGCAUUGCCUUGCAUUUUCGUUUGAUCCAGAGGCUACGAUCUUUCAGGUGAGCAGAGGAAGCCGGUUUUCUGAAGUGUAUAUGGAAAGCCUGAGCGACGAGGCAUUCUGGUCAGCGGACCGGAGACAGGAAACAGAACCGGUGGUGGCUUUCACGGUGGUUCCUGGGUUCAUGGUGGGUAAGACUGUGGUUCAAUCUCAAGUGUACAUGCGUUGACCUGCGAACCAGAUUUAGUCGUCUCAAGUGGGACCCCACUGAUCUGUCAAGCACUCACAUGAUAUGUUCAUGUUAAAAAAUGAGAACCUGGUCAUUGCCUGUUCUGUGUGUCGACAGAGACUGUAUUCUAUGGGAACAAAACAAUGCGUCUUGGUAUUACUAUUAUAUCAGUAUUAGUUUUGAUAUUUUCUUGAGCCAUUCCUCCCCACAUGUUUUUUUUGUAAUGUUAGGUAAGUGGUGUCGGGAAUCUCUGCUGUAUAUUGUAUGAUAUGAUGAUUAAGACGAUGACUUUUAUUAAAAAAAAUGAACGUUUCGGAUGCAAUUUUGUAUCGUAAGGUCAAGAGCAUCCCAAAUUCGCACAGCGAAAGAGACCUUUCCCAUGGUACAAUUGUACACAACUCAAUAAUUCAUGUAGCAGUUUAAAUC